AUGGCCCCCAAAGCCAGCGCCCUCGAGGCCGCACUGAAGAACGCAGUCCGAAGUCUUUACGAGGAAGUAGGCGACCAAAUCAGUGUCAAUGCAGUACGCAAGCAAGCCGAGGACGAAAUAGGCCUUGACGAGGGCUUCUUUGUAUCGGAUGAUUGGAAGGCGAGGUCUAAAACCAUUAUCAAAGAGGCUAUGGACACUGUCCUAAACGAAGCAGAUGAGGAUAAUGAACCAAAACCUUCUGGUGCAAAGCCGAAAGCGCAAACCAAGCGCUCCAAAACCACCCUCAAGCGCGAGUCUAGCGAGUCCGAGGAACCCCCGGCGACCAAGCGGCAAAAGAGAGAGGCCGCCCCGGCUGCAUCUAAGAAGAAGACCACCAAGAAGGAUACGUCAUCUUCUGACCUCUCGGAGCUCUCGGAGUUGAGUGACGCAGAUGAACCACCAGCAAAGAACAAAAGAGCUAUCAAGAAAGCUCCCGUUAAGAAGAAGACGAAGGCAAGGCGCCCGGUAGACUCGGACGAGGAAUCGGAAAAUUCGGAUGGAGCAACAUCCGGCGUGAACAUUAGUGAGGGUUCAGAAAGCGAGGUAGAUCCCAAGCCCAAGGCCAAGACUGUAAAGCCCAGAAAGAAGGCAAAUGCUGCAGCUCCGAAGAAGAAAGGAAAACAGCCCAUCGCUUCUGACAAUGAGUCUGCGGAUGAGAAAGACGAAGUACCUGAUAUGGGUAACAAAGUCGAGGAGGACGAUGCCAAGGAAGCGAGCCCAAAGGCAAAACCGGAACAGAUUGCCAGUCCCGAGCAAUCGAAAGACACCAAGGACACGACGAAGCAAGACGACUCGGAAGACUCGCCUCUGAGCGAUAUCGUGGAAAGCCCAUCUGGCGAUGAGAAGGAGAAAAAGCCAGCAGUUGAACACGAUUCCGACAGCUCCAUGUCCAUAGUAUAUGACGAGCCCCCCAAGCGGAAAAAAGGCAAGUCCAAGGGAUCUACAGAACCAAAGAUGAAGAAAGCUGCAAAGGCAUCAAGCAACAAAAAGACGACAGCUGCGGAUGCCGCUUCACCCGACGAGCUGGAGAUUAAGAAAUUGCAAGGACAGCUUGUCAAAUGUGGCAUCCGCAAGAUCUGGGCAUUUGAGCUGAAGCAGUAUGGCGACGACGCGAAAGCAAAGAUCAAGCACCUCAGAGGUGUACUACGUGAUAUUGGGAUGGAUGGUCGGUUUUCUGAGGCAAAGGCGCGUGAAAUCAAGGAGAUGCGGGAGCUUGCAGCUGAUCUGGAGGCUGUCCAAGAGAUGGAUAAAGCUUGGGGAGUCGGCGGUCGGGCCUCAAGAAGCCGGGCCGCAGCGUCGAAGACCAAGAAAAAGUCGGCAGAGGACAGCGAAGAUGACAAUGGCGAUGGCGAGGACCGAGUCGGCAAAAAGAGCGAUGCCGGCUCCGAUGAUAAUGAUGACGACGAGGAUGUCAAGACAUUUUCCAAAGGCCGCGGGUCGGCCAGAUAUCAUUCUGAUCUGGCGUUUCUUGGAGAUGAGAGCGAGUCGGACUGA